CCUCCCUGUGCCGAGGAAUGUGAGACGCCCUUUAGAUUUUCCUUGUCGGAGACUUUUUACUUUCAUUUCUCUCUUCUGCUGUCAGCGAUGGCGUCUGCUGAUCUGAGACAGGAGCUGGACUGUUCCAUCUGUCUGACCACAUAUACAGAUCCUGUAAACCUGAGAUGUGGUCACAACUUCUGCCGGGUCUGUAUUGAUCGUGUGUUGGAUACACAGGGGGGGUCUGGAGGAUAUUCCUGUCCUGAGUGCAGAGAAGAGUUCCGGGAUCGGCCUGUACUGCACAGGAACAUAACACUACGUAACAUAGUGGAGACUUUCCGAUCUACUCAGCUGGAAGAAGGGAAGACUGGAAUCUUCUGUACUUACUGUAUUCACUCUCCUGUACCUGCUGUUAGAUCCUGUCUGCAUUGUGAAGCUUCUCUGUGUGAUAAUCACCUGAGAGUCCACAGCAAGUCACCAGAACAUGUCCUAACCGAUCCCACCACUUCCAUGGAGAACAGAAAAUGCUCCAUUCAUAGGAAACUUCUUGAAUAUUACUGCACUGAGGACUCUGCCUGUAUCUGUGUGUCCUGCAGGCUGGAUGGAGAACACCGGGGACACAAGGUGGAGACUCUGGAUGAGGCCUCUGAGAAUAAAAAACAGAAACUGAGACAUGUUCUGCAGAAACUGAUGACAGAGAGAGAGGAGACGGAGAAAAGAGUCCAGAGUCUGCAGGAUCGCAGGAGAAAAGUACAAGAAAAAUCAGCCGGUCUAACAGAGAGAGUCACUGCCCUGUUCAUAGAGCUCAGGAGACAUCUGGAGGACCUGGAGAAGAGAGUCCGGAGGAACAUCUCCAGCCAGGAAGAGCGGAUCUCAUUGUCUGAUCUGAUCCAUCAGCUGGAAAUAAAGAAGGAGGAUCUGUCCAGGAAGAUGGAGGACAUUGAGGAGCUGUGUAACAUGACUGACCCACUGACUGUCCUACAGGAAUCAGACACAGGGGACUUGUGUGAUACUGAGGAGGGAGAUAAUGAGGACAGAGAGAGACAUGAUAGACUCCUCCAUGAUGGAGGGGAUCUGGAUGUGUCUGGAAUCUCACACACAUUACACACAGGGUUAUCUGAUAUGAUAAAAGAGGUAAAUGUAUUCUUCUAUAUACAGGAAGCUUCAGACAUAUUACUGGAUGUGAACACAGCUUAUAAUUAUCUACAGAUAUCAGAUGACAUGAAAACUGUAUCCUGGUCAGAUAUAAAGCAGAAUCGUCCAGAAACACCGGAGAGAUUUCAGUCCUGUGUCCAGGUAUUAAGCAGUCAGAGAUUUUCCUCGGGGCGACAUUACUGGGAAGUGGAUGUCAGAGAGUCAGAAUAUUACUGUUUCGGGAUGUGUUAUCCCAGUAUAGAGAGGGGAGGAGGAUGGCAGUCAGGGAUUGGAAAUAAUAAGAAGUCCUGGGGUUUGGGCAGGUAUAUCGGCGAUUAUUAUCUAAUGCAUGAUAAGAAACAGAUCAUCAUAUCUCCCGAUCUCUCCAGUAACAGAGUCAGGAUCUCUGUGGAUUAUGAGGCCGGGCAGCUAAGAUUUGUCAAGGGAUUUGCUGAAAUGUUGACCUUGAUCUGGCGAAGUCUGUCAGACCAACUGGAGGAUCCAGAAAACCCAGAGAGUCCGUCCAGUAACAAUGGACUCCGAAAUGGCCCUGUUGACGCCAGUCAAGAUGGUUUAGGGGUGGUUCUAUGUCAAGAGCAUGAUGGCCAUCUACGGCCUGUUGCCUACAUGAGUCAGAACGAGAAGAACUACCCCAUGCACAAACUUGAGUUCCUGGCCUUGAAGUGGGCGGUGGUGGAUAAGCUGAGGGAGUUUGUGAUUAAGAACGACAACAAUCCUUUCACCUACAUCAUCACUACCACCAAUUUGAUGUUCGGACGGUUGGCCCGGCUGCCAGUAGACUUUGACCUCAAGGUAGGAGUGCAGGACCUACAGCCAGAUGACAAGUAUGAUCUGUGUGACCCGAUCAGACACCUCCACACCUUCACCACCACCUUUACUGAGCCCCUCCAUGCCGGGUUAUAUGUAGGAGAAGGUUCUAUAACAAUAUCUGGGGGUGAAAGGCGACGUGAGAAAUAAAAAUAUAACAGAAAAUCUGCCCAAAUCUGCUGACAUCACAGAAAUAUGAAUCUGAUGAUUUUUAACCAUCAGAAUAAUGCAUUCGAUUCAUAUUCCAGAUGUCAUAAAUCUAAAGGUUCCAAACACAACCAAUCACAGCAUUGAAAAAUCUCAGCACAGGGAAGUGUGAUUUAUUCUCUUAUAGUGACAAUAAUAAGAUU